AUGGAAGGCGCUUCGGAAAACCCCGGGAAGGAGAGCGGUGGAGCCGAGGACGCAGGUGCUGCUCGAGCGUCUCUGCCCUGGACCAUCGGUGCCACUGGCAAACACGGAAGAAAAAAGCCCCCGCGGGACCUGCCAGAGCACUUCGUCAUGUUCCUCUUUGGUAAACGCAUUGAUAUUCCUGUCAUCUGCAGUGCUGUGGACACCUGGAAUAUCCCCCAGACACUCAUGAUUCUGUUGAAAGACCUCAUGGCAGACGUGAUGCCAAAGGGCAGCCAGUCAUCUGAAGAGGUUAUGACAGUUGUGGAUUUUGGCAGCAUGACAGAGAUGGAAUCGGAGGGGGCCAUUGAAAGGCCAGAUACAGGACCAGAUUCAGAAGAUCAUCCAGGAAGGAUGAAAAGUAGAACUUCCAUGUCUUCAGAGAGGUCUUCUCAUGAGGAGAGUCAAGUGGGGAAGACUGAUGGCAUUUCAGAGCCAGGCUCAGCAAUUACCACCUUGGUAAAAGUAACAGAGCCACUCUCUGAAGAAGAGCAACCCUUGGAAGACACCAUGAGGCCAUUGCCAAGCACAGGAACAAAUGGCCGUCCUACGAUACUAGGAGGAGUCAGGAGAGAAAGUUCGUCUUUAUACAAGUCAAGCAGGGAAGCAUUGGAUACCGUGGCUGCCGAUACGCUCCAGAAACCCUUUGGCAAAUCUGUCUCCAUGCAGACAGAUGCAAGCUGGCUUUAUGAUCACUUGGCCAAGAAAAAGCCCAAGACAAAGCUGAAGGAUGAAAACCUUGAGAAUGGUUUAGAUAUUUAUGCUGUCCUGUCCCAAGACCUCAGCAGUUUGGACAUUUUAUGUGACACGGAGUUUAAAGAAGAAUUUGUAAAGCUGUUUCAGGAAUCGCUGCAAACGCUGUCCAGUGUUGGGCCUCCGACUAUCCUAGCAUAUCGACGGGAAGCAUCACGAGAAGACAUGAAAAUAGCGUUGGUGGAAGAAUAUCCUGCGAACUGUGAGUUCUGCGGCAGCUUGUUGAGAGACUUUCCUUCAUUUGAAAGUCUAGAAAAAAUUGCCGAAUAUGGAUCUCUUUUCUGUUGCCAGCCAUGCAGAGACCUACAGGAGUUCCUUGUGAAUGAAAGGAAGCGCUAUGCAAAGGUGGGAGUGGAAUGGAUUGAUAUAACCCCCCAUAAGGCCCACGGGUCUGAGGCUGAGAGAAAAAUAGCACGGGAAAGGGCCCGCCAAAGGAUGCGAGAGAGACAAAUGGCAAAACAAUUGUCCUUCUUGGCAGCACAACAAGAAAAACAAAUCAUUCGAAUGCAUUCCUCUCCUGAGCAUAAUAAACAACUCAAAACUAUUUCAUACAUUCUGUCCCAAGAGCCUCCGUCUCUAACAGGCUGGACUAAGAUUCCUGUAACGCCAACUGAACAAGGGAGUGAAAAGAUUACCUACAGUAUCUCUUGCUGUGACUUCACCAUUGCAGGUGGAAAGUUAUUGAAAAAUCAGUUCUUGCAACAAUACUACAAAAACGGUGUAAAGUUUCUUACUAUGUUUCCAGAUGGGACGGCGCAAAUAUUCUAUCCCUCUGGGAAUCUGGCCAUUAUUAUUGUACCAAGGAAGGAGAGUGGCGGUUAUAUUUGUAUAGUACAAGAAGACAGUUCUGAGAAUGCAGACAUCCAAGCGGUGUUUGAAUCCUCUGGGCAAGGGACUUGCUAUCAUCCCAACGGAAUUGUGUGGAUAAAUAUUACAAUUCGAGGAGGACAUUAUUCAGACCAAGAUGGCAACAAAGUGAAAACAUGGAUCUGGCCAAACCAGUUGCAGAAGUACACUCCUACAGUACCAUUUAAACCCGUAUUUGUGUCCUUGAACCAGAACGUCGGUGUCAGGAUUUUUGGGCAAGACAAAGUUGCCGUUUCUUUCCUGGCAAUGGGGAAACAAGCAAAAAUCAACGUAGGAACAAAAGUGAAGGCAUUCACGAGUCAUCAUCCAUGGCCAAAGCACGUGUCUGAAGAUGACCUCAUGCUAUUUGCCUGCAGGAUAAAGAUUCUCCAAGUGUUUGCUAAAUUGCAUGGCUGUUUAGAAUUUUCUUGCAAUGAUCAGUGGACUAAAAUUCAGCUCCCUUCAUACAUUUCAAGACAGGCUUUGAAACUGAUGGACCUUUGCAGAGAGUCUGCUGUCAGUGCUACUUUGGACAAAUUAAUCAUGUCAAUAAUAAACAUGCCAGCCUGA